AUGAUGCAGAGUCAGGCUGAAAGAAUGUCAAACGGCGACGGGCCAAACCCCCUAUCUGUUGAGGAUGCUGUCGGAAACGCUUUCAUACAACUGCUGGCAGAGGAGAAGGGUCUUGAUCAAGGUCAUCCCAAUAAUGAGGCGAUUCAAGCAUUCGCAAAAGAUGUGAGGCGCCGGAAGGAACAACCUCUAGGGUCCUAUGAUGACUUUGUUGAGCUUGCUGCCUCGGCUGCUGUGCAUGUGCUCAUGUAUGGUUCAAAUAGCCCUGACGAUAAUCGCCAAGACCCUGCGUCUCUCACUCUCUAUCGGAAGAUGCUCUGGCUCGUAAAACGUGCAUCAUCAGGGAUACCAUCCGAGUUCGUCCCCCCUAAAACUAGGCCCCAGAAGGCCAACUUGCUCACAAUUCACAGUCCAGUUACCGGUCAGCAAUAUGCGGCGGAGAACAUGAAUGGACUCGAAGGUAUCAGACGGUUCGAAAAUGCUGGGCAGCAGGAACUCCUGAACGAAGCCUACGACUCAGGAUACUCGGCUGGAUUUGAGGCGGGCAUCCAAGCAAAGGCUGCUAAGCACCAGGCGUCUUCAGCACAGAGGGAGGGAACUUAUGCUCAAGGGUUUGCCGCUGGCCAGCGUCGCCUGAUGGAUUCUGAGAUCGCGUUUGCUUUUGCCAGGGGUCAACUGGCCGAGCAGCAGCGAAUUCGCGCCUUCCUUGACGAGGGAACGAAACAAGCCGGCCAGGUCAGCAAGACCUCAGGAGGUUCACGGGAAUCAGUAACAGAGUUCUCGGAGGCGACACGACAAACGAGGCCUACGGAUGUGUCGACAACAAACACAUCAGCACGGCAAUACGGCCACCCUUCAAGCAGAGGCUCAGAGUUCAGCCAUGCAAGUCCCCCGGUCAGACCACCAGAUGCAUCCGUUGCAUCUGGAGGUUUGCAUUCGCCCCCCAAGAGCUCCCUUCGCGCUGUGGCGCAUGACCAAGCCCCAGCACCAAUCCCCGAAGGGACCAUUAAGGCCAGGCGACGCGUCGGCCGUCCAAGACUGCACCCCGGAGAUGUCGAUGGCCGGCAUUUGGUCGCCACCUGUGUAUUCUGUGGUCUCGAGCUCUCACAGAAUUCAAUGUUAAGGCAUAAAAGAAGACACCAUGCUGCAGAGCUGGCGGCCGUUGGCGUUCCGCUGAAUCAAUUUCCGUGCUGGUGGCCUGGUUGUGGUCAGUUGCCGGACAAUCUCGUGCUUAACCAGCUUACCACGCACCUACAGCGAAAACAUAAUUUCACGCCACCCGGCGAAUCGAAUGCCUUCACCGAGAACCUCAAAUACAUAGGACGGAUGCCCAUUGACCUGCAGAUCAGCAUCAUCGCGGAAGCUGCACAACAACUAAACGCGGUCAAGCUACGAAUCCAAAACCUGGAAACCCAGCUUCGCCGGCGUGACCCGUCAUAUACCAGCCAACACGGGUUACCUGAUAUACAUCACCUUCAUGAAUCACGACGGCCGGUUCUCUCAGCGAUACUAACAAAUCGCGAGCGACUACCACUUAUAGUGCAGGAGCUGCGACAGUUGACGAGGGCUCGCGGCACGAGGAGCCAGAUGCGCAAAGACGAGGGUACAUGGUGGGAGGUCGCCGACGACCUGGAAGCGGCACCUGAUCCUUCAAGCAAGCUAGCCCAGGCUGUCAUCGCCCUUUCACCUCCGGGCGACGGACCAACCGUGCAUCUCAACCUGAACGUCUUGUCUGACCCGCCGAACAUGAACGAUCCAUCUUGGAGGCCGCAAUACGUUCUACCUUUGCAGCCUGGCUGGGAGCUUGAAGAUCUUGAAACUGACCUUCAUUCAGUGCCGGUAGGCUCCAUUGUACAUAGAAAUAAUUUCAGGGCCGUCAAGCCUUCGCCACCUCAUUCCAUGGCUGUGGUCCUGGAUGAGGUGGAGGACGAAGAAGAGGACCUUGGCUAUCAAAAGCUCAUGGCAGAGAUUUCGCGCAGGGUCCUCGAUGAUAAACCCCAGUCGGAUUGGGAUAAAACAAGCAGUAACGAGGACGGAGAGGACUCAGGCGAUGCUGAAGAUGAGGUCGUCCAGCAGGCGCCUAAUCAGCCCACGAGAAGAGAAGGAUCAGGACGACGGAAGAGAUCUGUGACCACGUCCUCUCCGCCAAGGAGAAUCAAACAUCGCAGGGACUCUUGA